AUGUCUCAGGAAUACCAACAAUCCCAAAACAAGCGAUUUAUCCCAUGUGAGGCAAUUUUAUUUUGUAUUGAACUGACAGAUGCAAUUUUCAAGCCACCGGUAGGAUCUACUGGUAGAUCCUAUUUACUUGAAAUACUGGACUCACUACUAGAAUUAAUGAAACAGCUAAUAAUAAUUAAACCUGAGAGUGGAAUAGGUUGUUACUUAUAUAAUUCAGACAAAGAUUCUUCAGAAAAUAACAUAUAUCAAUUGAUACAACUAAGAAAUAUAAACAUUAAAGCCAUGAAAAAGAUAUCAAAUUUAGUCGAUGAUGUUAGGUUGAAUAGAUAUGAUCUUCCAUCUUUCUGUCAAAUAUCACAGACUAAGACACCAUUAGAAAACUUGUUUAUGUUUAUUCAAGAACAAAUCACACAAAAAUUUCAAGAUCAAAAGUCCUACAAUUUCGGUAGAGUGUUUUUAUUUACAAAUAAUGAUUCUCCUGUAGAAGCACAAGAUGAAAGUAUAAUAAAUAGAUUAAAACAAAUUACAGCAGAUUUAUAUGACCAACAAUUCGUCAGCAUAACAACUUUUUUUUUUCAGGAUUCUGAAGAUAAACCAUUUAAUACUGCUUUUUAUAAAGAUAUCUUGAACAGUGGAUCUUGGGUCAAGAACUCAACGUAUGAUGGGCCAAAUGUGACUCCAAUUUCUUUCAAUGCGAUUAGAUCUCGAGUACUGAAGGCAAGGGAUUCAAAACGUAUUGCAUUUAGGUGUUCACUAAUCAUAUCCGAAGACCUUGGUAUAAAAGUUGGAGUUAAAACGUAUUCACUUUUCACUAAGGAAAAACCUGGUACUAAGUAUAAAUUAAUAUAUGAACAUGAUAAUAUACAAGAAGAAGCAUUUUCGUCGAGAAAAUACCUUCAUCCAAAGACAGGAGAAAUUAUUAACCCUUCUAAAUUAUGUAAAGUUUUCCAAUUAGGAAAUAUUAAUAUUGAAUUGACAGAAGAAGAACUUGACUCGGUUAAUGAAAUGUGUGGAAAUAAAGGAACAUAUUUGAAAAUAAUUGGGUUUCGUUCCACAGAAAAAUGUAUACAUUAUUUUAACAACGUUGAUAAAUCAUAUUUUGUGUAUCCAGAUGAAAAAUUGUAUGUUGGUUCAACAAGAAUUUUAGUAUCAUUGUUUAAAAAUCUGCGGUCGAUGAAUAAAGUUGCGUUGGUUUGGGGUAAACAAAGAAAUAGCACGAAUGUCAGUUUUCAUAUUUUAAAGCCAACAGAUGAAAGAGAUAUUAAUGAAGGUUUCUUUUUGUAUCGAGUGCCUUUUAUAGAGGAAAUGAGAAAAGUACCAAAUUUAGUUUUAUCUAACACAGAUAGCAGUAAUACUCCAGAAGAUGAUGCUCUAUUCAAUGUGACAGAAGCUAUUGUUAACAAUUUCAAUCUUCGUAAUUGUUACUCCCCGAAAUUCUUCAGAAAUCCCGUAUUGCAAAAAUACUACAAUUUAUUGCAUAAUUAUCUAUUACAACAAGAAGAUAAUUUUGGAGAUAGUAGUAAGGUCAAUGACUGGGUAAACGAAGAUGAUACGUUAGAAAAGUUAAGACAUGUCAGAGACAAGAUUUUAGCAUCAGCUCACUCAUCAGAUAAAGAUGCAAGAAAACUUAGUCUGUAUUUUGAUAUAUGGAAUCGUCUAUAUGAUAAAAUAAAGCAAGAAGAUGAAAUAAAACAAGAAAAAAGAAAAAAACCAAGAAAAUCAUUACCUGAUAAUUGA